AUGGCAUUCAAGUUCGUAGCUUUCACCGCCCUUUUGGCCGUCGCCAAUGCAGGAAUCAUCGCUUCGCCGUACGCUGCCGCCGCCCCAUUGGCUUAUCCAGCUCAAGUAGCUUAUUCGAGCCCUCUGGUAACUAAAGUAGCUGAGCAAUACGAUCCUCAUCCACAAUACCAGUUCGGUUAUGGAGUCAACGAUCAUUUGACCGGUGACAACAAGCAGCAGCAGGAGACACGCGACGGAGAUGUCGUCCAAGGUAGCUACUCUCUCAUCGAUGCUGACGGUUUCAAGAGGAUAGUUGAAUACACCGCCGAUCCAAUCCACGGCUUCAACGCUGUCGUCCACCGAGUACCUUUGGUAGCUAAAGUAGCUGCGCCGGUAGCUUACGCCGCCCCAGCUCAAUACUACCACCACUAA